ACUUGCGCAUGCGCGCUGCAUCAAAGAGGAAGCACAGCGAGCCUGUCACAAGUUUUAAGUUUGUAUUUUGAAAUAAGAAGUUUCUUGAUACGGAGGAUCACUCACCUUUAUCAGGAGUGUGCGGACAUGAAUUCACUCCUUUAAUGACCGGAUCUGAGCAGCGCACCGUGUGAUCGGACGGGAAUGACCGCUGGAGGACUUUGAUAACGAUACAGUGGACCAUCACACACCACACACACACACACACACACACACACACACACACACACACACACACCGGGAGGAGGCCAUGUGGUGGUUCCAGGAGGGCCUCUGCAUCCUGCCGGCAGCCCUGGUGAUCUGGACGGCGGCGUCCUUCGUCUUCGCGUACAUCACGGCGGUGGUGCUGAAGCAUGUGGACCCUCUGGUGCCGUACAUCAGUGACACGGGGACGGUGGCACCUGAGAGAUGUGUGUUUGGCAUCAUGUUGGACAUCUCAGCCUUUUUAGGCAUAGCCACAGUCUACGUGCGCUACAAGCAGGUGGAGGCUCUGACCGAUGAGGAGGAGCCUAAAGUCCACAGAUUGAACGGCUUGGGGCUCGUGUUGGGCUUCAUCAGCUCCUUCGGGAUGUGCGUGGUUGCCAAUUUCCAGAAGACCACCCUGUUCUCCAUGCACCUGGUGGGCGCCGUGCUGACCUUCGGGGUCGGAGCUCUCUACAUCCUGGUCCAGACGGGGCUGUCGGUCCUCAUGCAGCCCCACAUCCACAGCAGGACCAUCUACCUGGUGCGUCUGGGCAUCGGACUGUGGACCCUGACCAGCAUCGUCAGCAUGUUCAUAUCCUCCGUCAUCAUGUACAGCAGCCUGGUCGGAGUGGACGUCGUUAACAAGCUCCACUGGACUCCCGGAGAGACGGGUUAUACGCCUCACAUCAUCAGCACCGUGUCUGAAUGGUCGCUGGCUUUCUCCUUCAUCAGCUUCUUCCUCACCUACAUCAGGGAUUUCCAGAAAAUAACCCUGCGAGCAGAAGCAGACCUGCAGAGCAGCCACCUGUACGACUGGCCACACCACGGCGUCGUCUCGUCACGCCCCAAGCGGGAGGUCUCCGAGUCGUCCCCGCUGCUGGCCGGAGCCACAUGACCGCGGCGGGUUUCACCGUUUUUAGACGUAUUUGAAGGCUUUUUAGAGAGUAUAUCCUAACGCUGUGGUCCGUUCAGCCGAACACGUCUUUCCUCUGACGCUGCUGUUGGUUCGGGUCAGAGGUGAUCUGAACGAACCCUGUAAAUUCAAACAUGAAGCUUUUGCACUUUAUGAUAUCAGAUUUGAAAAUUUAUAUUUAUAAAUCUUAACCACUUUUUAUUUACAUCUCUGAUUGAAAAAGUAAUGUAUUAAAUGCUGAUUCUGAUCCAGUUGAUUGAUAAACUGUUUACAAGUUGAGUCUAUUCGCUUCAGUUUAGAUUUCUAAUGGAUCUGAUAAUGAUUACUUCACAGAACAUUUAUUGAAGGUAGAUUUAUGACUUCACCAAAACUUCUA